UCUGGGGACUUCAACCAUGCCUGUCCAUCCACCACCCUGCCCACCUUCACCCAGUAUGUGUCCUGCCACACCAGAGACAAUAAAACACUGGAUUUAUUUUAUGCCAACACCAAGGAGGCAUACCACUCAUCCCCCCUGCCCCCCCUGGGAAGAGCUGAUCACAACCUGGUUCAUCUUCUGCCUGUCUACAAACCUCUGGUGCAGAGAGAACCAGCAACCACCCGCACUGUGAAAAGAUGGUCUGAGGAGGCCGAGGAGGCCCUGAAUGACUGCUUCGAGACCACUGUGUGGGAGGUACUCAGCGAUUCCCAUGUGGAGGACAUUGACAGACUCACAUCAUGCAUUACGGAUUAUAUUAACUUCUGUGUGGAAAGCACCGUACCCACCAGGACUGUACGCUGCUUCUCCAACACCAAACCCUGGAUUACUCCAGAGUUAAAAGCUCUCCUGAAGGAGAAGCGGAGAGCUUUUAACUCUGGAAACAAGGAUGAGCUGAAGGCCGUGCAGAAGGAGCUACGGAGAAACAUCAGGCGGGGAAAGGAAGCAUAUAAAAAGAAGAUGGAGGAACAGCUGCAGCAGAGUGAUGUCAGCGGAGUCUGGAGAGGUCUGAAAACCAUCUCAGGACACAAACAGCCAGACUCCCAGGCCAGAGGCGACCAGAAGUGGGUGAAUGAUCUGAAUCUGUUCUUCAAUAGAUUUGAUCAGUCUGCCCCUCCCCUGGCCCAGACAUCACGGCUGCAACCCCCCUCAUCCUCACCUUCACCUUCCCCCCCACCUACACUCCUGGCACACUGCUUCGACACCUCCCCCACCCCCGCUCCCCCGGACAUCUCACCACCCCCCACUCCUCCCCCCACCUCGUCACCUCCACCCCCCAGCACACAGCCCCCCUGCUCCAGCUUGUCCUUCACUACCUGUCAGGUGAGAGAUCAGCUGAAGAAGAUAAAGACGAGGAAGGCUGCGGGUCCAGACGGCAUCAGCUCCAGGCUCCUGAAGUCCUGCGUAGACCAACUGUACGGGAUAGUUGAAACCAUCUUCAACCUGAGCCUGAGGCUGGGGAGAGUACCACAGCUGUGGAAGACAUCCUGCGUGGUACCUGUGCCCAAGACUCACCCCAAGGACUUCAGCAGCUUCAGACCGGUGGCAUUAACAUCACACCUCAUGAAGACUCUGGAGCACCUGGUCCUGUCUCAUCUCCGCCCCGCAGUAGGCCCUUCAAUGGACCCGCUGCAGUUUGCCUACCAGCCUGGCACUGGGGUGGACGACGCCGUCAUCUUCCUCCUGAAUAGAGCUCUUUCUCACCUGGAGAAGCCCGGAAGCUUUGUGAAAAAAAGUACUGGAUGUUCUAAAAAAAAACUGUAUGCUAAACCAGUCACCAAAGCACAGCUACAGGCUAGUUUUUUCAACUGCAAACAAUGUACUGAUGAGAAUGUCAGUGCUUUUGUAUUAAGACUGCGAGAACUCUUUUUCAGUUGGCAGGAGCAGGACGAAGGUAGAAUUGGAGAGGAGGGGGAUGAUCUUUUGAUUGAUCAGUUUAUGGUUGGGUUGAAAGCUGGACCCAUAAAACAGGAACUGAGCCGACAGAUAAGGCGAAAUGAUCCUAUGACCUUUACAGACGUGCAAAGAAGCUCGCGCCCUGGAACAAGAGCUGCAAGAUGGGGAAGACACAAUCUUGUCCCAAAGAGUCUCUGCCACAGCCUCACAGAACACAACUACAGUGAAUAUGGAACCAUUAAAGGACCAGAUACGAGCUGAGCUGCAACAAGGACUGAUGGGGGAAAUGAGAAAAGAGAUCAUGGAACAGAUGAAAGCCCUGUCUGCCAACCUACUAGAAGAGAUGAGGACACAGCUUUCAACCAGAGAAGUGCCUUCAACUCCACCCAUGGACCACAGCACCGCUGUACCAAGAGCCCCUCAGGCCAGACGACAGCUAGCAGGCACCAUGACACCAGUCUACCAGUGGGACGCGCAGGGCAGACCCAUCUGUCGGAGCUGUGGUGUAGCUGGGCACGUUCAGCGCCGGUGUCCCCGUAGACCAGCGAGGCCGCAGGAUUUUUAAUCUCCCCUACAGCUGUGGGCCAAGCAGUGGGGGCAGUUAACCAGGAUAAGGAGCCCACAUCACAGCCCACGUCUGCCUUGGUAGGUGAGUGCCCUGAUGUUGUGAAAAUAAAUGGAUGCCCUAUUCCUUUUAUUCUUGAUACAGGGUCACAGGUCACACUGCUGAGCCAAAGUUUGUUCAGAAGGCAACUGGAAGGAACUGGAGUGACCAAUGCUGGCGACACCCCCUGGCUGACCCUACGAGCUGCUAACGGUUUGGAAAUCUCCUACGUGGGCUAUGCUCUGGUUGACUGUAUGGUAGGAAGUGUCCAUGUUCCUGGGAAAGGUGUAAUAAUUGUCAAUGAUGAAUGCUUGGGCCCAGACAAGGGCAUACUUGGAAUGAACAUUAUUAAACCUGUAUGGUCUGCUCUCACUCAGGGGAAUCAUCCAGGGUUGUCGGCUUUCAAAACCACCAUGCCUCCUGCAGCAGGACAGAUCUGGGAUCGAGCGUUUGCAGAGUGUCAGUGAGUCACCACCAGAGGGCCUCUUCCACCUUACCAGUGCGUGGCCAAAUUACCACAACAGCAACCAGUCAUUGUUCCACCCCAUUCAGAGAUGAUCCUCUGGACACAGGUGUCUGAAGGUGCAGCUAACCCCUCUUGUGAGGUGCUGAUAGAGCCUCUCCCUGACAGUGACACUGAAUGGCGGAUGGGCCGAACCUUAGCCACCCUGAGUGGAGGAUGAGUACCCUGCAGGAUCUGCAACCCCAACCCCUACCCAGUGGAAGUCCCACAGCGCCAACCAUUAGCUCAGGUGACGGAGGUUGGCACAGCCGAUGUACAAGGAGAACAAGAGCUGGUUCUCAACAGCGUGGCACCAGAUGUGGUAGAGGUAGCAGUAAGGCGGGUAGGAGUCACCAAAGGAGCCGACGACACUGAGUCCCAUCCUGUGAUAUCCUUAAGGGGAGACGGCCUGACCCUAGCACCCCUGCUCCCAGGUGAGCGGGUGCUCAUCCGCAACUUCCGCAGAAGGGCCAAAGGAAAGUUGGCCCCGAGGUGGACCCCAGAACCAUUUGCCGUGGUGACUCCGUUAUGGGAGGGCCACCCAGUUUAUGUCCUUCGGCCAGAGGGUACAGUACACCGAAAUAACCUCCGACCUUGCCCUUUAAAUGUGUUUCAGGACAGUCAGGAGUCAACCGGAGAACCAGAAGCUCCAGUAGUGGACUAGUCCAAACAGUUACCCCCUCCCACUUGGUGGCUCCCUGGUCUGAUCAUGAACUCUAUCCAGCCACUGGCAACACAGCCAACAGAUCCAGGUCAGGCCGAACCACCUGACCCUCCAGCAGGACUGGCAGCCCCCAGUAGAGAGCCUGAGCAACCUGACAUGCGUCGCUCACGGUGAGGUAAUUGUGGGGUACCCCCAGCCAGGUAUUGUGAGUAGUUGGUCAGGAUGACCACUGUUAAAGAGGGGGGGGGGGAAUGUCACAGUGAGACCCAUCAGUUAUUUUAUCACUUGAUCCUGAUUUGUUUGUUUUUACAUAUUGUGUGGUUAUAUGUGUAUAUAUUUCAUCUUUAUUUUAUGAUUGCAUGUUUUGUUAUUGAAUGGACUGUGUUUUUAUUGUGUUUUAUUGGUUUUGACAUUCAUUGGACUGGAUCAAAGUGAACUGAUGAGAAACACCUGGAAAGACUAGUUGAGUGACACAUCCCACAGAGCACGAUUGGUGCAGAGAACAAGUGCUGGUCUUUAAAUUGAUUGUGGACAGGUGAGCAGCAGGCACGACACAGAGGAAAUACAAGGAAGAGUAGCAGACACCACUUGGGACGGAGGUCGGCAUCAAAGAAAGCUGGUUGCUGGCAGGCGGACACAGAGGCCACGACGAGAGACCAGAUGGCUGUUAAAGGACAAGCCAGAGCUGGAAAAGACUUGGUUCAACGCCUACAAAACAACAAGUAACUAAGUGAGUUAGCACCCAGCGUCUAACUCUGCAAGGACCCCGAGCGACCAGCUUCCUCGGAUCAGAACCUUUGGAACAAAGGACCCAACAAAGACUGCAGCUGGAACCAUCUUCCCAGCCUUCUUCUGCCGGCUAACAAAGCACCACCACCAAGUGACUUUUUCUUCCAACAGCUGGGCAUAGCUUAUCACAGCUUUACAGGCUAAGCAAGACUGUUUGACUUGUUGUAUGUGAUUUGAUGCUGUUUACUGAGUUAUUGUUGUGAUAGAUUGCGGUUAGGUCAUUGAUUAGUUGGCUUCGCCACAGCUAAGUGUUUAGUUUGCUAAUACUGUUCACAAACAGAUUCUUGCACACAACUAAACAAUCUCUGCACUAAUCCAGACCGUUUGCAACACACGUCACUUUGACAUAGACUCAUUAACAAAUAGGCUUUCAACAGAGCUACAUCCAAACAGGCAUUUCAAAAUUCCAGCUUCUUUUCCUUUGUCUUUGUCCUGACCACACGGUCAGACAGACACCUCCCCCAACCGGAAGCCAGCCUUGAUUCGGCCAUUUUGGUAGUUCUCUGUUGUCAGCCAUUUUGUUUUGUAGUGCCAAACGGCUACUUGAUCACCACACCCGCCUUUGUCUUUCUUUCUCUUCUUUCUCUCUCACACACACACACAUACACACACACACACAUACACACACACACACACACACACACACACACACACACACACACACAACACACAUAUACACACCAAGCUUGUAUAUAGUUAGUUAGAAUUUGUGUGUUUGGUUUGCUUUGCUAAUUUGUGAAUAAAUAUAAUUCUUUGGAAUCAUGCCUGCUGUCUGUUUAGUGUUGCACAAGGG